AUGGCAACCAAAGUGCUGUCUUCAUCCCAUGACUCUGUUGACCGGAGCCCUGUGAGCGGGUCCCCGGUGAACCGAAUUUCCCCAAGGAUGACUAUCAAAACCCCAUUAAAGAUCCUGGAUCCUGGUAGGUCAAAACUAACCACUGUUGAGACCAAGAGGAUUAUAUCUGUCUUGGAUGACACCAUCAUUAAGGUAGAGCUGGUUACUAUGUUCUCACACGUUCUGGAGAACCUUGAGGAUUUCAGCAUAAUGUUGGGUCAGGAACUUUGGGGGGCUCUUAAAGAACAUCUGCGGCUUUCAAAUAAUAUGGAAGCCGUGGUUGCCCGCCUCGAGAAAGAAGGACUUCUGCUUAAGGGCAUUGCAAAAGGGAACCUAUUUGCUGCAGAGGAUGAAAGCGGCCAACUUCACCUGCAUGUCGAAGGCUUAAAAAGUUCGGUCCGAAAUAUUGUGCGCUUGUUCAAUAUGAACCCCAUAGCUGGUCGGGCAGUGAGAGAUACUGCUUUUGCCAGGAGUCCAACCGCUGACAUCUUGCUUAGAGGCCUGUUGGCUCUCAGAAAGUUUCUGUUUGAGAUGCUUCUCACCACUCCAUUGGAAGAAAAAGAGAAAAUGAAGUUUAUGCAAGAAAUUGCCCUCCGAGACAGGAAAAACAUGGAGAUGGUUGCAGCUUUGGAGGAUGAACUUGCAUCAGCGAUUCACAGUCGCGAUGAGGAGAUUUCCAAGAAGAACACCUCCAUCAGGGAACUGAAAACCCACUUACACAAUCUAGCUAAGUUUUCUGACAACCAAAUCCAGCGUACCAGAGCCGAAGUGGAGAAGCAACAGAAGGGGGAACUGCGCAGCUCUCAGGCAAAGUGCGCCAAGAUGUUGCAGGACAUACAGCAGUUAAGGGCCCAGCUCAAUGCCCUCAUUGCAGAAAAUCGAGAGUCGGAGUUCACUCUUCGAAAGAAGAAAUACAAAGUGGAGAUAGAAAUAGAGAACUGGAUCCAGAAAUACGACAUUGAGAUGAUAGAAAAACAGGAGGAGCUGGAGGAGAUCGAUGUGGUCUACAAGGUGGAGAAGGCCCAGCUGGAAGAGCUGAGGGAGAAGUUUGCCAUACUCGAUGAAGAGUUCAGCCAGAUCCAGGAGGAGAGGCGGCUGAAGCAGGAACAGAGGGAGAAAGCCGAGAAAGAGCUGGCGAUUCUGGCCCGGGCCGCCACCCUUAUCCAGGCCUUGUGGAAGGGCUACCUGGUGAGGUCACUGUUGAGGACCAAGAGGAGAAGGAAAGGCAGAGGGAAGAAGGUCAGGAAAUAA